AUUUUAUACAAGGAACAAAAUAGAAUGUCUAAGCACUUGAAUAGAAACUAAAAAUCAUGGAGAAACUACGAAACAAUAACACUGCCAGCGCACAGCCGGCUGAGCAACAACACCAUCAUCAUCAUCACCACCAUCAUCAUAAACAGCAACAGCAACAGCUCGACCAAUACCCAAAGAAUCCAGUUGAACAAUAUCUUCGCGCCUCAACAAAGAUAAAGAAAAUCGAACGUGUUGUAUUCUUCAAGCGCUUUGCUCCAAACGUGGCCGAUGUCCAGGCAGACUUCCAGCGGCUGGCCUACAACUUCGAGGAUUCGGGUAUCAUGCAAUAUGCGGCUAUGUGUCAUAUUGGCUAUGCCAAGUGUGAGUCAUACGGCGGAUCACCGCAGCGCGAGGCUGAGGCAUAUCUACGUGCUGCACGUGACUUUCUCUUAGCACACAACGAAUUCCGACAACUGCACCUGCGAAGCGGCCACAAUGGUUUCCGCGAGGGCGCGCUCCAUUGCUACAAUAAGGCAGCCGAGCAUGUGGCCGACAGUGGAGUCUUCAAAGCAGCAGUGCUGCGCGAGCUAAAGCAUCUCAAACGCAAAUUGGAACGUACAAGCAGCUUCGCCUCGCCUACUCAUCAGAUCAACGAUCUGGAGAUUAGCGCCGAGAUGAGUAUGCAGCGCGAGGACUACCGCGGCGCUUUGCUUCACUUGGAUGACAUUGUGGACAACAUCUAUGAGCGGCGCAAGGCCUCAAUGUACGGCGAAUUGCUGCGUCGCGUCGAAGUGCUGCGUCUUCUAUUGCUAAUCCAUCUCAACUUGCCGCCGGCACGCCAAUCACCCGCACACAUUAAACUGAUUGAAUACUAUUACACGCUCGCCCAGUAUGAGACGCCGUCGCAGCUGAUUCACGCCGCCAAUCAGCCGACCGAGCGUGCAGGCACCUCGGUGCCCAUACAGCAGCAGUAUGGCCUGGCGGAGAUCGUUUGCGCCUGGGUCGAGCGAAACAUGUGUGAUCUCAAGCAUCUACUGCGUGACUUUGGCGCCGAAAACAUUUCGAUCAGUCAGCAGGAGCGCCAGCUCCUCAAGACUAUUUAUUCCGAGCUGUCAAAGAUCUACUAGACCCACAGUCCAUUCUUAUAAUU